CGCCUCUGUCAGAGUGGAAAUUUCCCCUCUAGUUUGUUUCAUGACAGCAGCACUGGAGAUGAGCGCUGAUAAAUCUCGCCGAGGCUAACUUCUCCCGAUUUUCUUAGGCUAAGAAACGAAAUAGAAAUGUGCCCAAAAAAGACGUGGAAUGCGUGAAUAAUGAUGAGCAAAGAGCCCACGUUACUUUUUCCAAAAGGAAUCGUGAUUCUUACAUAUACUGAGUAACGAGCCCGACGCUGACGAGCGGUUGUGCGUCUUGGAGAGGGCAGGGACGCCGGAGACGCGCAACGGCAGCAGCAGCGCAGUCUAUUUGGAGCCACCGGUUGAGAUCAUUCAACACUCCGAGAGCACCGACUGUCUGAACGGAUUGUGGGAUACAAAUCGACGACCACCACCUCUCCGAGAUCUUCCUAAACAAACGAUGGAAAUCCUCCUCGGCCCCAGGAAAAGCCACGAAAACGUCGGAUGAAUGAAAUCGAAGAUGCUGCGCACUACGGCCAAAAUCGUGGAGCUUUUUUGAACAGGACUGUGGGUGUGUGCGCGUCGGGCUCGCCGUUACCUCCGGACUGCACUCGCCAACUUCCCCCGCUUUCCAUCAAGUCAUGUCUGAUACAGAGCAAUGGGCAAGUUUGACGACAACGAGAGGAUAAUCCUCAACGUCGGGGGCACCAGGCACGAAACCUACAAAACCACCCUGAAGACCCUGCCGGGGACGCGACUGGCGCUGCUCGCCUCCGACUCGGACAUCGACUCCGUGCUGGAUCAGCUGCAACAAGUCCCCGGCUUCAUCGAGUACAACGCGCGAACCAACGAGUACUUCUUCGACCGCCACCCGGGUGUGUUCGCCUACGUGCUCAACUACUACCGGACCGGGAAGCUCCACUGCCCGGCGGAUGUGUGCGGACCGCUGUUUGAAGAGGAGCUCUCCUUCUGGGGGAUCGAUGAGACGGACGUGGAGCCCUGCUGCUGGAUGACAUACCGGCAGCACCGGGACGCGGAGGAGGCUCUGGACGUGUUCGAGCUCAACGUGGACAACGGGGACGAGGACGACGAGAUAGGGAAGAGGCUCGGUAUUGAGGACGUGGCUGCCGACGGUAAUGUCAGUCUGUGGAGGAAGUGGCAGCCGGUGAUCUGGAAUCUAUUCGAGGAUCCCUACUCCUCCAGAGCGGCUAGGUUCAUUGCCUUUGCAUCUUUGUUCUUCAUCCUGGUCUCCAUCACCACCUUCUGCUUGGAGACUCAUGAAGCUUUCAACACCAUCAUCAACAAGACAGAGUUGUUGUGGAACAGCAAUGGGACGGAGUCGGGCCCUCAGUACGAGAUUGAAACUGACCCUGCGCUCACCUAUGUGGAGGGUGUUUGUGUCUUCUGGUUCACCAUUGAGUUCCUGGUGCGUGUGACCUUCUGCCCGGUCAAGUUGGAGUUUGUUAAGAGUGUGCUCAACAUCAUUGACUUUGUGGCUAUCCUGCCUUUCUACUUGGAGGUAGGGCUGAGUGGCCUUUCUUCAAAGGCUGCCAAGGAUGUGUUGGGUUUCCUCAGGGUGGUGCGCUUUGUUCGUAUCCUGCGUAUCUUCAAGCUAACACGUCAUUUUGUGGGGCUAAGGGUGUUGGGCCACACAUUACGGGCCAGCACCAAUGAAUUUCUGCUGCUCAUCAUCUUCUUGGCAUUGGGAGUGUUAAUUUUUGCGACCAUGAUUUACUAUGCUGAACGAAUCGGUGCCAAUCCUAGUGACCCUACUGCUAGCAAGCACACCAAGUUCAAGAACAUCCCCAUUGGCUUCUGGUGGGCUGUGGUAACCAUGACUACACUGGGCUAUGGCGACAUGUAUCCAGAGACCUGGUCAGGCAUGGUGGUGGGCGCAUUAUGUGCUUUAGCUGGUGUGCUGACGAUAGCCAUGCCUGUGCCAGUUAUCGUCAAUAACUUUGGGAUGUACUACUCCCUGGCCAUGGCGAAGCAGAAGCUACCCAAAAAGAGGAAGAAACACAUCCCUCAGGCAUUGCAGGGAGGGUCCCCCACCUACUGCAAAGCCGAUCUCAACACCACCUGCAACAGCACUCAAGGUGACCUGUGCCAUGUCAAAGGGAGCAGGGUACUAGAACGCAACCGCUCAGUUCUGUCCGCGGACUGCAGCGGGGGCAGUGACCUGACCAUGUCUCCAGAGGAGAGGGUCCCCAUGCGAAGGUCCAGCACCAGGGAACAGGACCGCCGGAGCGGGGGGACGUGCUUCCUGCUCGCUGCUAGUGACUACACCUGCCCUGCAGACGGAGGGAUACGAAAAACAGGCUAUGAGAAAUCCCGGAGCUUAAACAACAUAGCGGGCUUGACUGGCAUGGCUGGUAACGCCCUGAGGUUGUCUCCUGUGACCUCACCCUACGGAUCGCCCUGCCCACUGCGGCGCUCUCGCUCCCCUAUCCCCUCCAUCCUGUGAGACGUCCAACCUUAGGCCUGGUUAGCCUAAACCGGCCCACAUCCUUCCCCCAAACAAGCCACCUCCCUUUGGUAUUAUAUCUGAACUGUUCUAGAUAUUGUGGCUAGUGGAUAAGUACUUAACCUUGUAGCUAAGACUAAUGUUAGUGGCUUGGGCAACCUGAGCAACUCUUCACUUUCCCCUUUUCCUUGAAGGUACACGUGCUUAGCUAACAUCCUUAAGUAACUAGUCAGUUCUCCUGUGUCACUUGGAGUUCCCUUUAGAUAUUGUUGUACUUUGAGACUUGCAAUAAAAGAACUCUGACUGUUGGCUUCAGAAGUAGCAGCCAUAACAUUUAAUAAAGGACAUAUUAAUAAUCAGGGAUAUUAGAAGUUGCUAUAUUUAGAUACCAUGAAAAAGACGUGCUUCCAAAAAAAAAAAAAAGAGAGAGAGAUGUCACUUAAUUUUAACCUCAUACAACUGUGAUUUUGUCUUUGUUUUGCUACUUUGUUUCUGGGAUGGAGACUGGAGGGAUGGCUGUCAGGAUGUCUUUCAGGACUGUGUUUUGACUCACACAAGCACACGUACAGUCUCUCACUCUUCACCUGCUGCUGGGCCUGCUCAUAUUUUUUUGCAUGGAUCAUCCUGUAACCAUCAUCUGCGAGUAGUGUGGUGAGGGGAGAGGGGACGAGACAAACAGUGAGGAAAACUUAAGGCUAUAGAUAGAUAGAUAGAUAGGGAGUAUUCUUUAAAGUGAUAUUGUUAUGAUGGGGUUUGGGGGGGGCUACACUCAACUUGUAUUGUGUCUCAUUUUGCCAUUGGCUUCACCAACAAUCCACCAAGGAGACGAAAAACGCAGAAUGCCAGCUGGGUGUUCGUUUCUCUCUGCAUGUGGGUUUUCGCUUGUCUACUGCUAUUUCUCAUUAACUUUCUCCCCCUCUCCUCUAUGUUUUUUUUUCUUUGAUGGAGUGCCACCAAAGCUGUUGUUUCUCUGGUUGUUUACUCACAGAUAACUGCAAAGAGGUUGUCUUUACUGGUUUCACACAAGCAGAGAGCAGCGUUCUAUCUUAAUGGCUUUGGGGGAAGGCGCCACCAUGGCGGAAAGGUAACCUUCUGAAUGGGUGCGGGGGUCAGAUUUCAGUGCAGAACCCUCUCACCCUCGUGUUAAUGAAUUAUGAUUUAUGUUUUCGGUGUGUGUGUGUGUGUGUGUGUGUACUAAAAACUGGGGUUGUUCAAUAAUCCUAAAAGAUAUCUGUAUGUAGUUGCAGAAGCAAGCGCAGAUUUCAAUAAACAUGCACUCCUGCUGGCACCAUUAAAGGUGCUGCUCGUAGCAUUGUAAUCAGUGGAUCUCUACCACAUUAAUAAUAAGACAUAAAUAUAAUUACUUUAAACAAAGUAUUCCAUCUAAAAGGAGAAAACUGUAUCUUACAUCGUGCCACCAGAUUCACGUGGAAAUGUGCAUGAUUUACGCCCCAAAAGCACAUUUAUUAUCUGUUAUGCAAGUGAUAUAACUUUUUCUGCACAGUUUCACUUCAUAUCAGCUCAUCUCCAAGGGCUAUUAGCUGCUCUCAAAUCCCCAAACCAAACAGCCUGACCCGAAUUCCCUUAGAACAGAGUCUGUAAAUCUCACAUUAAACUGAAGCAGCCUUUUUGUUUUGCUGAAAGGCUGUGUCAUUUAUUAUUGAUGAGACUUUUUUUUCAUGACAGGUAUAAGUUGCCUCUGCACACCAACAGGUGUGGAAAAGCAGACAUAACCAUGCAGCGAUGUGCCUCACCCAUCCCUACAGUAUGUCUAUACCAGUAGCAGAGGGUUGCUUAGCAACUGGCUCACAGCUAGAUGCAUCUUACACAUAGCUCGGCAAAAAGUCAAACAAUUAAAAAGAAGAGCUCUCGCAAACAUUUCUCUUUGUCUGUAGACCAAAUUAUUGAAUAACCCCCACUUAAACCACUGCAAUAUACAAUAGAGCUUUUAUAAAUCUGGAUAUAUGCUCAAAGAGCACCAUAGAUUUGUACUAUGUUCUCAUUUUUGUGCAUAUAUUUAAAAUAGCCAGUGUGUGCAUGGCAAGAUCUUCUGAAAUGAUGCUCAACAGAAACUGAUGAUGCAUUUCUGAUAUUUAGAGAUGUGUUUAUAUUUUAUUUAGACAAUUCAUUUCCUAUUUGAAUGACGGUGGGAUAAGACUGUCAUCAGUAUGAGGACCUAUUGCAGUGGGAGGACCCCAUUUGGAGCCAUAAGGCCACUGCUACAGGACAAUAUGGACGAGGAUGCACGUAAAAACCGUUGACUGACAGCCGCCUGGCUUCUGGCUCAGCAAGCAGGAAAGCAGCUUAAUCCUAUGAGGACUCUGAUAAGCAUUUACCUUUUCCUGAUUUGGGUAUUUUGUUUUCCUGUUUUGGAACUCUGGAGAAAAAAAAAAAAAGGAAAGCAAAGCAAACUGGACACGUCCUCAAAAAAGACUAUCUACUGUAUAGAUAUUGCUCCUGUAAAUAAAACAAUAACACAGCACAUCUGGGCCAAGCGGCUCUGCCCACACAUCUGUCUUUUGAUGGCAAGUCAGGUAACAAGGUGGUUGGUUGCUAAGUUGCGCCGUGACACUCAACGUCAGUCACUUUUCUUGCUGUGGUAUCCCUCCUCGCAAUAAGUGUAUUAAGAUGUAUCAGUUGAGGCACUUUGUGUUCUAAAAAUGGAGUGUAUUCAUAUAUGAGAUUCUACAUACAGUAUAUACAGUAUAGAGAGACAAACGUGCUAAGUAGAAUAAAUGUGACAUUAUGGUCAUCUUUGCUUUCGUUUCCCUUGGUAAUUUUCAGUAGGUUAAUUGCUCUGCUGUGUGUUAAUGUGUGUGUAUCCUAAAACUCCAGGGUAAGAUCUGCAGUUUAAAAGGCCAGGUCAGCGGAGACCAAUGAGUGGACUUGAUGCUGUCACUCUUCCAGUUCAUUUUUAGCACAAACCUGAAGGAGACAGAGUCCCCACCCCCCCACACCCGCCCGUGAUGCAGUUGCCUUUGUAGAAGUCCCCCCCCCCCCCCCCCGCCGUGCAUUUAACAUGCAACUACCCUGCGUCAGUGCUGCAGAUGUUUGUCUUUUCACAAACCAAAUUGUUCUUACCAAACUAUUCCUCAUAACUCCUGGUGGCUAAAAAAAAAAAAAAAAAAAAAAAAAAAAACUGCAUAACUUGAUUCUUCCAAACUUUUCCCCUUGUGGGGGUGGAGCAAAAGUGUAGCAGAAGUUUACCAAGUUAAAAGUGGGACUUCUAGAAUGGCUACAUCUGCACAGUAGCAAUCCCAUGAACCCAAACAAUCAGAUCGGAUUUGCAAUAAGCACCCAAAAACAAAAAGCGCCGAUCCACACUGUGAUUUGCAGCAGCUGUUAAAACAAGAAAGCAGAAGGAAAAUAGAGUGAAAAUGCAGCUCUGAAAGCUGAUAGAAAGGACUGGCAGGUGGCACAACUUAUGUGUCAUGUUGGUUGCGACCUGCAAAGUUGUUGGCUAGCUGUUCAAGUGUCACCCUGUACCCACAAUCCUCCUCGUGUAGUACACACGCUGCUUUACUCUUUGAAUUGACAAAGGGGUACCGUUCUUUGUGUAUUCUUAGGAUGACGUUGUAACUUGAAAAAAAGGUGUUUAUUUUUUUUAAUCCAGAACAUGUAUUUUUGUGUCUUACUGUUGAGUACAUUGCUCUUACCUGUAAAAGUCAUGGUAGUCUGAUGCUGUGCUUCUCCAUCGUGUCCUCAAACUGUCAGGCUUUUGAUCCGAGUUCAUGUUUUGUAUGUUUUAUUGUGAGGAAAAUUCUAGUUUGAAGUCUGUAUUUGUGGAGCCUUUUGUUGGCAUUCUAAAGUGCAUGCUGAAAAAAAAAACAUGUCAAAUUGUAAAAAAAAACACCCCAAAAAAACAAAACAAAAAGAAAAGUAAAAAAAGACAUACUGUAUAUCACAGUCAAAACAAUGUGUAUAGAGUAAAGGUAAAUGCUAUGUGAGAGAUUCACAUAAACUAUUUAUCUUUUAA